CCAUCUCUCAUUCAUUCUUUCGUUCAUCCAUCCAUCCAUCCAUCCACAUUUGGAGAGAGACCUUCAGCACCGCGUGAAGAGCAAAGAGAGAGAGAGACGAGCGACGAGAGUAGGCUUCAUUUGCAGCCAGAGAGUCAGGUGUGGAACCCCAACAUCAUGGCAUCCAGCUUUUCUGCGCAAGAGCGUCAAUACUAUGACAAACUGUUCGACGCCGUGGACAAGGACGGGUCUGGAGUGCUCCCCGGACAAGAUGCGCUGCCCUUCUUGACGUCAUCCAGACUAUCUCAACAGACUCUGGGAGAAGUGUGGGCCAUUGCAGAUCCAGGCAACAAUGGAUUCCUCACCAAGGAUGGUUGGUACAAGGCUGCUCGUAUCAUCGGAUGGCUUCAGAAAGGGGGCCAAACCACGGUCCAAGAAUCUCUAGCUUCGAGGCCGGGGCCUUUGCCAACGUUCGAAGGGCAAGCCCCUCCGCCGACUCAGUUCUCGGGAUCGGCCGGAGCAGCAGCGUCUAGCGGUGGAGCGAGUCUGCCACCCUUGACCCCAGCAGAUAGGACAAAGUUCACCCGAAUCUUCGUCUCGUGUGGUCCUCAAAAUGGAUUAGUCUCGGGAGAUAAAGCAAGAGAGGUUUUCCUCAAGAGCAAGUUGGAUUAUGAAAAGCUGGGUCAAAUUUGGAAUCUGGCAGAUACACAACAGAGGGGGAACCUCGACCUGACCGAUUUCAUCGUCGCCAUGUAUCUCAUUCAAAGCUCAAUGGCAAAUCCUUCGCUCACGCUGCCAUCCACUCUCCCCAAUGGCGUGUAUGAAGCUGCAUCCGGAGGCCGGCCUGCAGCAAGGACCGGACCAAUGAGCCCAAUCGUCUCCCAGCAUACAGGAGGCAGCACGGGAUCUCCUAUCAGAGCACAGCACACCGGUACUCCAGCUCUACAGCAGCAAUUGACAGGGCAAAGCGCAACCGGAGUGCCACCGAGAUCGUCGACCAUAACAUCGCUUGCAUCGGCUUCUGCUUUCGCACCCAACACACCAGCGUGGGAUGUAUCGUCCGAGGAGAAAGCAGCAUCGGAUCGAUUCUUUUCGCAGCUCGACACCCAGAAUCGAGGUGUCAUAGACGGAGACGUUGCUGUGCCUUUCAUGCUCCAGAGUCAGCUUGAUGAGACAUCCCUCGCUAGUAUAUGGGACCUGGCCGACAUCCGCCAUGAAGGAAAACUGGAUCGCGAUGAAUUUGCAGUCGCGUUGCAUCUCAUCAACGCGAAACUUGCAGGACAAAAUAUUCCGAGCGUACUGCCUUCCUCACUGGUACCACCCUCCCUUCGCAGCACUUUCCAAGCCGCCCCUCAAAACUCCUCUUCGGGUCCCAGUUCAGUCACAAAGGACCUCUUUGAUCUCUUUGAUGAUGAGCCUACGAUGGCUGCACCUAUCGCGUCCAGCCCAGCCUCUCCUGCGCCCGCGUCUAGAGCUCCCCCAAGCACGACAACAUUCCUGCCUCAACCUCCCUCUCGCAAGAGCACUGUCCAAACACCAAGGCAGCCGUUUUCGCCGGCACCGACCUCUGUGUUUGCCUCGACAUUCGCGCCGUCUAGCGAUUUAUUGGGGGACGAGGCCGGUACACCCUCAAACAUCACAGACGCUUCUGCCGAUGUAGGCAACAUGCGCAAUCAGCUUUCAGCCACGAAUGAGAACCUAGACAAGCUCGGGAAAUCACGUGGAGAAUUGGAGCAGUCGGCGCAGGCAUCUCAAGAUGAGAUCUCGCAACUCGAGACCGAUUUGUCCAACGCUCGGGUGCGACAUGAAGCAGAAAGCAAAGCAGUCUCAGAUCUACGAGCUCGAGUGUCUGAACAAAAGGACAAAGUGCAGGAACUACGGGGAAGUGUCAUCGCUGCAGAAAGCGAUCUUUCGGCGAUGAAAUCGGAAAAGGACGAAUUGGAGCAAGCCCUGCUCCGAGAUAAAGAGGAGGUCCGAUCGUUGCAGAAACGAAUGAAGGAUGUCAAUGACGAGAAGACCUCGCUAAAAGCCCUGCUGGAAAAGUUACGCAAAGAGGCUCGUCAGCAAAAGGGAAUGGUGUCGAUCGCCAAAAAGCAGCUCGCGACAAGCGAAACUGGGCGAGACGCUGCGCAAAAAGAUCUCGACCUCCAUACCUCGCAAGUUGCCGAAGCUGCAGCAAUACCUCUGCCAUCUACACCACGUGCGCUUAGCCCCGUGGCCACCGGAGUAUCGCAGCGAUCGAACAACCCAUUCGACCGCCUCGGACUGAGCCGAUCAGAAAGCAGGGAGCAGCCGGUCAACGACUCUACCAGACCUAAGAAUGAGAAUGUUUUGGCCCCUGUCGAUACCGAUGAUAGGCGGAAUUCAGAGAGUCCGCAGGGCCAAAGUGCUACUAUGAACCAAGUCCCCACCAAUCCUUCCGCCGACGAAGCUCUCACCUCGAAAGGUGCCGAGGCUCUGUUUGAAGACGAUCCUUUCGGAAGCUCAAUUGAAGAUCCAAUCUCCGCCUCGGUCGCAGCCGAUCACACCUCGAAAUCACCAGAUUCAGGACCCCCAGCACCGAGUCAAAAGACCGAUUUCGAUGCUGCUUUUGCCGACUUUGAUGAUGAACCACAGCAUACUCUUGAGGACGGGGACAAAAACGCAUCUGCUUCUUUCGAUGAACCUGAUUCCCUCGAUGGACCUCUCCAGGCGUCGCUGUCUGCUCAAGAUAUGUCCCCUGCUGUGCAAGACGAGCAUCAGGAUCUCAAUCCUGCACAGAAGACGACAGCCGUAGAAACGUCCCCCAUCGAUGAAUCACCGAUCGAAAAUCAGCAGGCUAUUGAGGAAGAUACGGUCUCUUCCGACGAUGAUGAAGGUCCCGAGGAUCUGGAAGGUGCUCAUCCGUACAGAGCAAAGGAAGACACAGUCGUUCCUUCUCCUGAUGUGGCCAGCAGCACGCCAGCCAUCACUCAAACCGUCGAUAAGAUAAGACGUAGCGCGCCGGCACCACCCGUCAGGUCGACAGAACCGUCCGGUUCACAAGCAACAGCGGCUGCCGAAGGUCCUAAGUCGAGCCCGAAAUCGAGCCAGAGGAGCCCUGAUUUCGCCAACUUUGACGACGAAGACUUUGAUUUUACGGAUCAACCCCCAAGCACUGUUCAGCAAACGGGAGUCUCUGAACCAUCAAAAGCCUUUGACGACGAAUUCGCUGCUUUUGAUGACGAAUUUGAUUCGAAAACCCCUUCACAACCAAAUACCGGGUCGGACAAUUCGAAGAGCUUCGAAUUGGUAUCACCCCCAGCUAACGGUGGACAGCUGCAAGCAUCCAAGGCAUUUGCUACCGAGGAUCGUGACGAGUGGGGCAUGCUGACUGCUGGAUCAACGAGCAAUGCGCCACCCUUGUCCUUCGAUGACGCGUUUGGAAGCGCAUUCGAGCCAUCACCGUCCUUCGAACCGCCUGCAGAGGCGCCAACGUCGCAUUUGCAACCGCCUGCACCACCAGAGAGGAGAGCUACAGAGGCGCAGGUAGACGACAUUGAGGACGUCAAGAAGGCAAGUCAUCUUACUGGUUUUUCAUCUGCUAAUCUAGCUACAGUUAUGCGCCAUGGGCUUUUCGCGCUCCCUGGUCGUCGAGGCAUUGGCUGCGAACGGAUAUGAUUUCCAAAAGGCAUUAAAUGUCCUUCUCGUGCAGUAAACCCGAAAUCGCCUCGGUAAGCCUAGUAGCAGAUCAAAGCAAGAGAUCGACGAGAUACAUUGUUGGGAUGAGGCGAGAGAGGUACAGUGAGACUAUCUAGGGUUACAUACAAUGGGUCUGAGAAGAUGCUUUCAACUUGAAUAUGCACUCGGGUAUGACA